GGAGAGGGAAGGGAGGUGGAGAAUCUGAGGCAAAAAGAGGCAGAGAGCAUGCUCAGUCCUAAAGAGACAGUCUACUGGAGCACACAUUAAUCUUCUCUAUGAAGGAUACACAUUCUCACAAGCUUCUUGUCUUUUAUGAACACAUCUGCAUAAUGAGAAAGGAGAUAUUGAUGAUUUGAGUGUUGAAGAUUCAAUUUUGGCCUUGAAGAUAUUCUUACAAAUGAUGCACUGAGGAAACAUUGCUUUUUGGGUGAACUUUGACACCAUGGCUCGAUUUUACAACUGCUUUGGGGAAAAGACUUAAGACAUGAAACGUCGGACGUCAUCACAGAACUCUGGCGUUGGAGGCAGUCCAAGUGACAGUGAAUGUUGGCUGAGACUACUUUUGUGUUCCAUGGAAGAAAGAAAGUCAUACAGGUUUGGAACAACAUGAGGUGAUUGUGACAUCAUGGCCUCAGGAUCCCCAGAUGCUACGUCUGCUAGUGAGCCAUCAGAAGCAGGAGAAGAGUGUUCAGGGAAAAAGAAGUCUAAAUUUCAGACAUUCAAGAAUUUUUUUGUCAAGAAAAAGAGGAAGGAAAGUCCCCCUCCAUCGGGAGAAAGUGUUUUAAAGGCCAGUCAAUCAAGUUAUGACGUCAACAACGCAGAGCCACCUAUCACCCCCACUAUCAUAAACAAUGAACUGAGAUCCAAGAUCAACAUGUCACAUGCCGUGUCACAUGACAGUGUCUUCGUCUCUGAUUCACCCUCACCAGAGAAUAACAAGGCUUUGGAGGCGUCACAGGACAGCAUUAAUGGAAAAGUGAAAUCUAUACAGCUGCAGUUGAAGCAGGCGAUCGGUCUGGGCUCGCCGUCGGGACUCCUCUAUGGGAGAAAUGGUGAGGACGAUGGGACUCUCUCUGAGGACGAUGGUCUUCCCUACAUCCCCCCAGAAUACUCCAGUCUGCAAACUGUGCUGGCCACCCCUCCUCGGUCAGCAGAAUUAAGCCAGAGGGGCAGUACCUUGAGCAUGGAGGCAUCAGACAGCGAAGAUGAUCAGAUGUCUUAUGAAGCUUCAUCGAGGCCCACCACCCCUCAGGGGUCCGUCCCUGUGGACUUCAAUCUGCCAGUUAGCUCCUACUCCUGCUUGGACAGCUCAGCUGCCCGUCACCGCAUCGCCGUCAAUGCCAAGGCCUGUGCCAAAAGAAAGCCUGUCAGCAGGCAAAUGUUGGACAACAAGAGAAGAGACCUCAGAGAACAAGUGCUGCUCAGAGAUAAACUACAGUUGGUUAAGAGAAUCACAGAGGAGGAAAAUGAUUAUGUGCCCGAGGAGCAGAGUAAUGGGUCAGACCUUGAAAUUCGCGAGUUGAAGACUUCCUCCUUUGCUUCCGAACAUGAGGAUGAGGAAGUGCCUGACUCCGGCCAGGGUCAAAAACUAUCUCCAACAUCCUCCAUCUCAGCUGGAGACUUCUCUGAAGGAGAGGAGCAUGAUCCUGACAAAGAUCACAUUCCCAAGUCUGAGGACCCAGAGUCCCCUUGGGAGAAUCCAGCAAAACUUGAGCUUCAAGCCGAUGACUUCCUGCUGGACGCUGGAUGUGAGGUCUCUUCUGAGAAGCAGGGGUCAUUGCUGGAGGAAGUUCUGAGCUCCCUGAAGGGCCCUCUUGCGUCAGGACUAGCGCUAGAGCAUGAGAACAUGGUUCUUCAGAGUGAGGUGGCAGACAUAAAUAGUGGGAGCGUAGUUGCUCAGCUUGAAGAGGAAGCCAACAAGCAUCUUCUUGAUCGUUCGGAGCCUAUGGUGACCGCAAAAGAACAGGUUCCUCUACCCGACACACCUUCAGAAUCCACUACAGAUUCAGAGGAGAUCACUGAAGAGGCCUUGGAGCUAUUAGAUGAGCUAUUAGAGGUGCCAGAGUUUUCACAAAAAGUGUCUACUGAUAUAGGUCAACAAGUGCCUAAAGCCAACAUUGAGAAAGAAGCUGGCAAAGCCGAGCAUGCCAAAGAGGAAGAAGGAAAGUCUAAAGAGUUUAAAGAGGAGUGGAUCGAGAAGGACGAUUUGUCAAGAGCUUUUGCAGUGAAUGUGAAAGAAAAGGAUGAAGAUAAGAUAGAGGAAGAUGUUGUUGAGGAAACAGCAGAAUUGGAGAGUGCAACCAAAGUUGGUGGAGAUGAAGAUGAGAAAGACAAUGAACUGACGGUGGUGGAACUGGAAAGAAAAGAUAAGGAUGGAGAAUCUAAAGGCAUUAAAGGUCAGAUGGGUCCUUUAGAGCCAGAGAAAGACAAGACUUUUGGUGGCAAAAGAGACUCAAAAACAAUUAAUGUUGAGAACUUUGCUGCAUCUGAUCAGACAAUCAGAGCCAAUGCAUUGAACUCAAAAGAGACUCCUGAUGAGCCUGAAGAGCUGCCUGUUGAUGUCCUUUCCUCUUCUGUGUCUCAUGUCCUGGAGAGUCCAAUUCUUCCUUCUCGAUUCUCCAAUACGUCAAUGUACCCUCCAGAGAAGGAAGAGGAUUCUGAGCCCAACAAACUGCAAGUUGUUUCUAGUAGGCCUCAAGAAGUGUCUUCAGAAAAGCUGGAGGUAGUUUCCGAUCAGCAAGAACUUCCAGAGUCACCCAAGGAACAACAGCCAAGCACCCCUGAGGGUCGACCUCGGUUCACCAUUGCCCCUGCAUGGCAACGGUCAUUGGCUACUGGCAUUGCCAAAGAGCAGCCCCAGAUCAUCUUGCAGUUGGUACCAGAGACUAAAGCGACUAUUUUAUCAAGUAUAAAUGAAUCACCCCAAAAAACUGAGCUCCUUACGCCUGUAAAAGAAGAACAACCCUCCAAACCAGCCGAAACUCAGAGUUCACCAGUUCUUCCCAAGCAGAAAGAGAUGUCUCACGUUCAAGAAGAGACAACACCAGAGAACCCUUUUGGAGUGCGGUUGAGAAAGACUGCAGCUCUGCAGCGUUAUGGUAUAGAUGGAGAAUUGCCUUGGACGCCCACACAAACAGAGUCUUCGGAGGCGCAGGUGACCCCAGACAUUGACCAGCACAGCAAGAAGCCCAUCUUGCUGAAGAAACCAGAGCUGCUAGUUGAAACUGUGAUGUCAGCCAAGAAAAUUCCAGAAACAGUGGGUAGAAUAUCUGUUGGUGAAACAGAGUCUCCAAGCUGGAUCUCUGUGGCCAGGCAGAAACAUAGAAACUUCAUUGAGAACUCGCCAGAGGCCUCUCCAGAGAAACUUCCUUCACAGGAGGAAGUCAAAAGAAGUUCACUGCCCAGCUUGUCUAAUUCAAUCGCCAAAGAGCAACUUGCACAGCCAUGUUCAAAUAUAAAGGUGUCCUGCUCCCUUGAGAUAUCCAACACAUCCAUGGUGGAGAAGGAGAGUAAGAGAGAUCCUAGCCCGUCCGCUGCACCUUUAGCACAAGAUGAGCCCCCUUGGUUGGCCUUAGCCAAGAAGAAAGCCAAAGCUUGGAGUGAAAUGCCCCAGAUUGUUCAGUAAAAGGCCCAGCUGGUAUAUGGGCUUCAUAACCUUUCCCAAUACACUUCAGUGGCUUUCUCAUCUAUAUCUUUGUUACACUUCAGUUAUGGAUGUAAGCAGUUAUAGGAAACUUAUCCAGACUAAUUUUGCUUAAUCAGAGCUUGCCUGGUGUAAUUAAAGGAAUAGUUCACCCAAAAAUGAAAAUUCUGCCAUUAUUUACUCACUCUCAUGUUGUUCCAAACCCAUAUGACUUUCUGUCUGUUGUGAAACACAAAAGGACAUGCUAGGCGAAAUGAUAGCAUCCGUCACUAUUCACUUUCAUUGCAUCUCUUUCCAUGCAAUGAUAGUCAAUGGUGACUGAUGCUAACAUUCUGCCUAUUUCCUUUUGUGUUCCACAGAAGAAAUUAAUUUGAGUUUAGAACAACAUGACAGUGAGUAAAUGACAAAAUGGUCAUUUUUUGAGUGAACUAUUCCUGUUCCUACAUCAUGAAGGAAAUGGAAAUAGACUGGGUCUUAUGGGUAAUGCAUUCUUUCCGUAUCAUGAUUUGGUUUACAAUGGAAAUACACAUAAAUAGGCUAUGGUGUCAUACUGGUCUGUUUUCGUAAUUAAAUUGGAGUGCUUCAAACUGAGAAAAAGUUUAGUUACCAAAAACUGUACUCCUUUUGGUCAAUCUGAAGAACUACAAGUGAAAGUUAUAAACCACGAUCAAAGCUGUAUUUGUAUUCAGGCUCUUUACUAAGUAACUUUGGUAUGUUAUAUUAUAGCCUAUAAACUUACAAAGACACCUUCAGCUCCAUUCAUGAUAACUGUGCCGUUAUUAUUUAUUUAUCUCACUCUUGUAUGUUUUAUGUAUUGAUCUAUUUUUAUAUUUAUGUGCAUGUUUUGUGACUUGUACAUAAAAUGUGAAGUACCAAAAAAAAAAAAAUAAUAAUAAUAAUAAUAAAAUGGAGCCAUGUUUAUUUGAUCCAUCCACCAACACAAA